AUGUUGAUGCCUGAAAAGAACCGGAUUGCCAUUUAUGAACUCCUUUUUAAGGAGGGGGUGAUGGUGGCCAAGAAGGAUGUCCACAUGCCCAAGCACCCGGAGCUGGCAGACAAGAAUGUGCCCAAUCUUCAUGUCAUGAAAGCCAUGCAGUCUCUCAAGUCACGAGGCUACGUGAAGGAACAGUUUGCCUGGAGACACUUCUACUGGUACCUCACCAACAAGGGCAUCCAGUAUCCCCGCGAUUACCUCCACCUGCCCCCUGCGAUUGUGCCCGCCACCCUGCGCCGCAGCCGUCCUGAGACUGGCCGGCCACGGCCCAAAGGUCUGGAGGGAGAGCGACCUGCAAGACUCACGCGAGGGGAAGCCGACAGAGACACCUACAGACGAAGUGCCGUGCCCCCUGGUGCCGACAAGAAAGCCGAGGCUGGGGCUGGGUCAGCAACUGGGUUCCAGUUUAGAGGUGGAUUUGGUCAUGGACAUGGUCAGCCACCUCAGUAA